GAAAAACAAUUAACUUCGUCUUUUAAUCCAUCUCAUUUAAUUGAUAAUCAAUUUUUCGAUUGUGUUAACUGUUUAACUAUUGAUUUAUAUUGAUUAUCAACUAAUUAGUUUAUGGUUUACUUUCUGUGUGUGAGUAAAUAAUCUCAUCAACUCGGUUAAAAUAUCCAACCAAAGAAAUGAGAAAACAUCAACCUUUUUUCAUCAUUGUUGUUGGUAAAAAUUGUCAUGAUUAAUGUUUUUAAUUACAAUUUAGACAUUUUUAUUUGGUCACAAUCAAAUUAAACAUUUCACUCUCAUCUUAGGAGACUUACAAAGGUGACAAGUAAAAAAGAAGGAGAAAUGUCAAUGGAUCAAGAGGAUAACGAUUGGAGUAUCACCUGUUCUGAUGAUGAGCUUUAUGAUGUAUCCAAUAAUCUAGUGAUACCUUUCAAUCAACCCGGUGGGAUAAAAGUAUGGGAACCAAGUGGUAAUAAGAUAUCGACCUUGUAUAAGCAACUAGAAAAAUGUGAUUACAUUGAACUGAAAUGGGUCUGUCCAGAAAAGAGAUCACCUUCAGAUGAUUCAAGAGAUUUGGUUGAUAUAAAUAAGAUGACCGAAUCAAAUGAAAAUAAGCCAAGUUCAGUGGAACCAAAUCAAUUUGAUUUCGACGAGGAACAACCAGAAAAAUAUAACAAUUUCCCUAAAUCAGGUCCUAAGCGACGGACAACACAAGGCCAAAGAAAAAUUACCAAAUUGGAUAAAGUGAUGAACGAUAUGAAAAAAUAUCAAACAAUCGACUAUCAGAACCCAUCUUGAUGAUGCAUCUAAUUGUCGCUGAUUUCCUUCAUUCUUUACACAGUUGAAGUUAAUUUCCAAUAGUAAAUUGAAAGGUUAAACCAUUCGACUUACCUUAAAUUGUGUUGGUUUCCCACAAUGAGCAAUACUUUUCACUCUCGAGAAUCGGAAAUGUUUUUGAAUGAAAACAAAACCUAAAUCAUACAAAUGAUAUAAUCAAAUACCCCCAAUGUUCAAUCAACUUGAUUCUGAAAGCAAUUCUAAAUUCUGUAUCUCUAUAAAGUGCUAAUAAUUAUGUUACUGUUACUACCAGAUGAUUGUUGGCAUCCGAAGGACUUUAAAUUGAAUUUGCCGCCAUAAUAUUCAAGUUUCGCUGCUAAAACUUUUUCUGGUGCUUUUGGACACAAAAGGAAUUUGUUUGAUCGAAUAGAAAAAUUUCAAAAAUUCUCAUUAAAAUGGCUUAUUUCGCCGUCGAUGUUAAAGUGCUUUUUGUUAAUUCGCUCAAUUCCUUAUGUGUCCAAAAGCACCAGAAAAAGUUUUAGCAGCGACACUUAAAUAUUAUGGCGGCGAAUUCAAUUUAAAGUCACUCGGUAGUUCCUUUUAUCUAUCGAUAUUUAUAUAAUAAUCUAUAUACAUCUAUGUACCUACGUGUAUAUUAUCCUACCAACACACUAACAUUCACCUUGACAAAUGUUACAUUAAUUACAUGAUCAUAUCUCUGACUCUCUCCCAGAACCAAUUUAACCACUUAAAAGUCAUAUUCUUAUUUCAUCUUUGAUUAAUUAAUUAGAUUAACAUUGAUGUCAACUUGACAAUAUAAACAUAACUUUGAUAUCUCAUAAACAAUGCAAGUUAUAUGACAAUUGUGAUGAUUUCAUAUAACUUUUUUUCUUCAUAUC